AUGAUACUAUGUCACCUCUCCAUACGCAAUGUCACCACAAUCGUUUACGCCAUACUACUCCAAAUCACUCUCGCGUUGGCCUUGCCCACAGGCGAAGCGUCGCGGAUCGAGACGAGAGGCGGUGUCGAGACACUACACCUGCAAAUCAAGAGAGAACCCGAGCUGUCCGUCGAUAGCUCAUCAAUACCAAAGAUCGCUGGGGGUGCAUUCGGCAUCGUGGCACUGGGGCUCAUAUUCGGUCUUGGGUCGGCCUCGAUCGCCGUGUUCGGGUCCCUUGAGUGGCGGACACGACGGGACAAGAAGAAGCAGGAAAAGGGCCAGACUGACCCGGAGAAGAAGCUGGACGACAGCUCCAGCGAAAACACGACGAUUAGAUAA